UGCACCUUCGCUUCGGAAGCAGCGGAUCCAGAGGCCACAAACAUGUUUAGUGCAGCGGCCGUGGUAGUCGACAAACAAGUUGCUUAAUCCUUGAGCACGAAGGUCCAGUCCAAAUUUAUGUGCCAUUCAUAGUCGGUUUCGCUUUCGUCAUGUUGUAUAUUAGGGUAGUUGUAUGUUAGCUGAUCGUGUGUUUUGUUCCGCGUUGUGUGUUAUGUGUUGACUGUAAAGAGGACAGUGCGUCACCGUACAAGAUGGACACUGCCGAAGAAGCUGAUAUAUGUAGGGUGUGUCGUUCAGAGGGAACUCAAGACAAACCGCUCUACCAUCCAUGUGUCUGUACUGGAAGUAUUAAGUUUAUCCAUCAGGAAUGCUUGGUGCAGUGGCUUAAACACAGCAGAAAAGAGUACUGUGAAUUAUGCAAGCACAGAUUUGCUUUUACGCCAAUUUACUCUCCAGACAUGCCUUCACGGCUCCCAGUGCAGGACAUUUUUGCAGGGUUGGUCACCAGCAUAGGCACAGCCAUCCGAUAUUGGUUUCAUUACACGCUUGUUGCCUUCGCGUGGCUGGGAGUUGUACCUUUAACAGCAUGUCGCAUCUAUAAAUGUCUGUUCACCGGUUCGGUGAGCUCCCUCCUGACCCUGCCGUUAGACAUGCUCUCCACAGAGAACCUGCUGGCCGACUGCCUGCAGGGCUGCUUUGUGGUGACCUGCACCCUCUGCGCCUUCAUCAGUCUGGUUUGGCUGCGGGAGCAGAUUGUUCAUGGUGGAGCCCCUUUAUGGUUGGAGCAGAACCAGCAGCAGCCUGCCAAUGCUGCCGGACCGCCCAAUGAGGCACCUGCUCCGGGUAAUGGAGGUGCUGAUAACCAGCCCAUGGCCGCUCCGGCCGAACCCCCAGUGGAGAACGCCGCAGCGGCCGAGGCUCCUGACAUUCCCCCUGAUCCGGCUGAGGAGAUGGAGCUGGAAAAUGAAGAUGAGGAAGAUGGAGGAGCCGAAGAUGUGGCAGACGGCAACAAUGGAGCACAGGAUGAUAUGAACUGGAAUGCCCUGGAGUGGGAUCGUGCAGCUGAGGAGCUCACAUGGGAACGGAUGCUUGGCCUUGAUGGGUCCCUGGUGUUCCUGGAGCAUGUCUUCUGGGUGGUCUCACUCAACACACUCUUCAUCCUGGUGUUUGCUUUCUGUCCCUACCACAUUGGCCACUUCUCAGUGGUUGGUCUUGGUUUCGAAGAAUAUGUUCGUGCCUCGCACUUUGAGGGACUCAUCACCACUAUUGUUGGAUACGUCCUGUUAGCCAUCACACUCAUCGUGUGCCAUGGAUUAGCAGCACUGGUGAGAUUUCAGAGAUCACGUCGCUUAUUAGGAGUUUGCUACAUUGUGGUGAAGGUGUCUCUUCUAGUGGUUGUGGAGAUCGGUGUGUUCCCGCUCAUCUGUGGCUGGUGGCUUGAUAUCUGCUCUCUGGAAAUGUUUGAUGCCUCAUUAAAAGACAGAGAGCUGAGUUUUGAAUCGGCCCCGGGGACCACCAUGUUCCUUCACUGGCUGGUGGGGAUGGUCUACGUCUUCUACUUCGCUUCCUUCAUUCUUCUUCUCCGAGAGGUUCUAAGGCCCGGAGUCUUGUGGUUUCUCAGAAACCUGAACGAUCCGGAUUUCAACCCAGUGCAGGAAAUGAUUCACCUCCCCAUAUACAGACACCUGAGACGAUUCAUACUUUCAGUGGUCGUGUUCGGCUCAAUCGUUCUUCUCAUGUUAUGGCUUCCUAUUCGAAUAAUCAAACAAGUUUUCCCAUCAUUUCUUCCCUACAAUGUGAUGCUUUACAGUGAUGCUCCAGUGAGUGAGUUAUCUCUGGAGUUGCUGCUGCUGCAGGUUGUUCUUCCUGCGCUUUUGGAGCAGGGUCACACGCGGCAGUGGCUCAAAGGUCUAGUGCGAGCCUGGACAGUAACCGCCGGCUAUCUGCUGGACUUGCAUUCUUAUUUGCUGGGAGACCAGGAGGAAAACGAAAACAAUGCCAACCAGCAGGCCAACAACAACCAGCAGGCCCGUAACAACGCCAUUCCUGUGGUGGGAGAAGGGCUGCAUGCUGCCCACCAGGCCAUACUGCAGCAGGGCGGCCCGGUGGGCUUUCAGCCCUAUCACCGUCCCAUGAAAUUUCCUCUGAGGAUCGUGUUGCUGAUUUUGUUCAUGUGCGUGACGCUGCUUUGGGCCAGCUUGGUGUGUCUUACAUUACCAGUGUUUACCGGCCGCUGGCUGAUGUCGUUCUGGACGGGCAGUGCUAAGAUCCAUGAGCUGUACACAGCGGCGUGUGGGCUGUAUGUGUGCUGGCUGUCCAUCAGAGCCAUUACGGUGAUGCUGGCCUGGAUGCCUCAGGGUCGUAGGGUCAUUCUGCUCAAGGUUCAAGAGUGGACCCUCAUGAUCCUGAAGACUCUGAUCGUGGCCGUGCUGUUGGCUGGAGUUAUUCCUCUGCUGUUGGGACUUCUGUUUGAGCUGGUGAUUGUAGCUCCUCUUAGAGUUCCUCUGGAUCAGACGCCUCUCUUCUACCCCUGGCAGGACUGGGCCUUAGGAGUGCUGCAUGCCAAAAUCAUUGCUGCCAUCACCCUCAUGGGUCCCCAGUGGUGGCUGAAGACCGUUAUCGAGCAGGUGUAUGCCAAUGGCAUCAGGAACAUUGACCUUCAUUUCAUCAUCAGGAAGCUGGCUGCCCCCGUGAUCGCCGUGCUGCUGCUUUCUCUCUGCAUCCCUUAUGUGAUCUCUGUAGGCAUCGUCCCUCUUCUUGGGGUCACUAUGGAGAUGCAGAAUCUGGUGCAGAGGAGAAUCUAUCCCUUCCUUCUGAUGGUGGUGGUGCUGAUGGGAAUCCUCUCGUUCCAAAUCCGACAAUUCAAGCGCCUUUAUGAGCACAUCAAGAACGACAAGUACCUUGUUGGACAGAGACUUGUAAACUACGAACGCAUAGCUGGCAAGCCCAGCACUACCACACACAGCAGUUCGGUGCAGGAAUAGAGAGCUUGGGAAUGAAUCGGACUCGCAGUUUUUUUGUGUGAGAAUGAGCAAGCAUGUCUCACGCGAAUGACUGAAUGGGCCUUCCUGUCCCGCUGUCUCUGCUUUUCCUGUGAUGUGUGCGUCCAUACACGUCACGUCCACUAAGACUUUACAAAACUGACCUUUGGCCUCUCUGACCCUGCCAGCAAAAAGGGGCGAAAGAGCCAUGUAUAUAAAUUGGAGGGCAAGAGUGAAACCCCUAAAGCAAGCAAGCUUGGAUUAAAUAAGAAUGUCUUGCUCUUUAAACAAAAAAGACUAAAUAUGUGUAUUAAUUUAUUAAAUCUAGUUGUUGCCUUCUUUGUGGAGUUUUGUUUGUGGUAAGACUCAACCCACAUUGUUCUUUUCAUCACCUUUGUGGAGAGGCCAGUCACACCACAGAGCCGAAAUGUCUCUUAAACACGUCUGGGUCAUAAUGGAGUUAGGCUGUGGUUAUAUUAGUACAGUUUUAUUUAUUAGUUUCAAUUUAUUUCAAUGGAAUAUGAUCGUGACAUUUUUGAAUGAGAGGAUCUCGCUUGAUUUAAUGCUAUCAGUAAUGUCUUACCAUGCCUAGUUUUAGGAAGGGUAGUGGUUAUACUUAUAAGGACACGCCCAUCCAUUUCCUGUCAUGUGGAAAGUGGGAAUUUCAUUUCGCUGACAGUUUGUGCAGGAAGCUUGCCGGACUGUUGCCGACCCAUCUCAAGAACAUACAAGUCAUAAGCACAGAGUCAGUAGCUAGCUGCUGAUGUUUUGUUUUAAGGUAGUUUUUAUGGCUCACAAUGAGCUUCAAAAGUCUACCUCUUUCUGCUAGUUCUGCAUUCAAAAUUCAAUUCCCUUCUGGUAGCUUAGAAGACCAUUUCGAGUGCUUGCGCAUCAGAUGUGAGCUAGCAUAUGUGUUUGCUAUUCAGGUUAUCAACUUGUUCGUUUGUCUCGUGCUCAGCAUGGCUAGCCACAUAUUCUCAAAGAUGUAACUCCAGCACGCACACAGGUUAACACUUUUUUUAUGUGUUUUAAGAGCAGCAAUAGUUUGGAAACCCUUCAGACCAAAAUGUUAAAUUAUUAAUCGUAUGCAAUUUCAUUAUAAUUGAUCAACCCGAUCGACUAAAACGUGAUUCAGGAUUUGCUGCCAUCUGUUUUGUGUGGGUAAGGAGGAGAUCCUCAGCAUUCUUGUAAAUAAUGUAAUUUUGAUUAUUCUGGGUCAUGUUUCGUAGCGGAGUACGUUUGCUCCAUUUCACAUCCGCUGCAUCUGUGACAAGUUCACGAUUUCCAAAGCGAUCGGUUGAAUUUGUCUGGGACAGCGUUAGAGAUAGUGUUAAACAUUGCUGAGAUUCUAUAAGUGACCUUAUAGUAUCUUAUAACACAGAAACUGGAUACUGUAUGCUUCUUGAUAGUUUAAGCUCUUCGGAAAAGUUUAAGCUCCUCGGAAAAGGAAAUGUUCUAUUUUUAUAUGUGCAACUAGUGACACCGUUCUCAUCAUGUUUGAUCAUUGCCAUUGGUUUGAUUUUUUCUCUGAAGUUUAAGUUCAGCUUCAAUCCAGGUAAAGGUUUACUUAGCCUUUUCUUUUCAUAGCAUGUUUGUGUGAGAAGUAUUCAGUAUUCUGAAUGUUUUAAAACCUCCUGGGAGGCUCUCGCUGUAACAAUACAUCCUCAUACUGGCAGACAAUUUUUUGUUUGUUUGUUGAAGACUUUUUAUUACAGAUAUUAAAUCACAAACUGUGGUA